AGACAGCGGUUCAGCUUUGUUUACUUUUAAGAUGACUGCUCAAUUGCAUACAUUUUCUGAAAGCACUGGCUAUCUAGUUUAGAACCAGACAAUAGAAUGUAAGAAAAAAAAAAAAGAAGAAACACACACGACAUGGAGGAAUCGUGGGAUUUUGAAUUCUUGUCUCGAAUGGUUGACAAUCUGGUUUCCUUUCUGUCCGAGUUUGUGGACGAUUGGUUGGCCAACGACAUGAGAGUUACAGUGUUUAAGAUACUGUUCACCUGGCUCAUCAUCAGUCUCGUAGCCAUCCACUUUGCCUGGAAAAUGUACGGGAACACUGUCAACGAUAUGUACUACAGACAGGGGACUGGAGGACAGAAUGGCGGGGCACCUGACACUGCGCCUCACCUGAGCGGAUGGGAAAGUGCAGCUGGUGAUGCCAUGAAAACCCACCGUGAGUGAUUUACUGUACCUGCAACUGGAUUAAGAUGACAGACACACACGAUGGCAAUUACAUUACUUCAAGAAGACUAAAUAAUCAUAACUUCUGCCUCUGAAUCAGUUUUACUUGUGAAGAUGUCUGUGACGAACUGUGGUGCAAAACUCAAGGUCCAAACACAUAAAUAUAUGCUCUAAAAUACUAGACAGAAUGGUGCUGUGCACGGCAAAGAAAGCAUUAAAGGAGCAUGCUGUGAUAUAUAGCAGCUUUAAUAUCUUUUUUAGAAUGCUUUAAUUUAUUUGGAUUGAAACUUGAACCAUUCUUACACAGUAUCAUUCGACUAAGAACUGACAGGAAUACUACUCUAAAUGAAGAUCCCAAAUGUUCACAUAGUCAUCUGGUCUGUAUGUAGAAAUCAAACAUUUAAUUUCAGUGUUGUAAGAAAAUAGACUUGACUGUUCAGAGAUAAAAAAAAAAAAAAAUACAUCAAGUGUGCCUCUACCAGUUUUCAGUCCAAGAGGUUACU